AUGUGUCUCGUCAAAGUCAAGCAGGAAGAGGACCAUGUAGUCCCGUACCGCGUCGUCCAGCGGAACCGCUCUCCGCCCCGUCGCCGCGCCUCACGUCAAUCGCGCGACAUUGAGCGCCGUUAUUCGCGCACCGAAAUAGUGCACGACUCUUCUCCUAGGCCUUCAGCAUCCUACGUUGCGGUGCCCUCACCCAAGCCUCUCCAGAUCCCCGCACCACAGCCUGUGCCUGUGUUUGUACAGCCUCCACCACCCCCGGCGCCCAUGCCGGCUCCACCUCCACCGCCUAGCCACAUCUCGUCUCACCAUACCCAGGCCCAUUCUCACCAUGGCGGCGCACACUAUGUCGAAGUUUCUCCACGGUCCAGCAUGAGCUCUCGCUCCUCUAGCCCUGGCCGCAGCGAAUAUGUGUACACUGAGCGUGAGGUUAGGCGCGAACGCGAGCGCAACUACAGUCCGGAGAACCCUCGCUACGAGCACUACAGAUAUGUGGAGCCUGCAUCGAGCGAGAGCGAUCACUACGAGAGAUACCAAAGGCGGGACAGGAGCAGACAACGCAGUCGCAGCCGUGGCGGCUACGAAGAGACUAAUACCAGGGUUGCGUACAGCAGGCGGUGA